UGCGGUCCGAUCUGCCCAACCACCCACUUACAUAUAUAGCUCGGAGCUAUGGGCAGCAGCCGACGAGUGCGCGCUCGUCGAGCAAGUCAUUCUAAAUCGACGCCUUGCUGGCUGCAGACGCACUCCUCGGAUCGAAUCGCCAUCGAAUUGGUCGGUUAAUCAAGUGUCGCUCGCUCUAAUCAUUAAUUAAGUGUCUUAGGAAAAUAAUUCCAAUUUGGCUAUCGAAACGGGUUUCCAUCUGUUGCAUGUGCAAGCGACUAUGUUUUUGCGGCAGGCUCAUUUGUGAAAAGAAAAAUCGUUUGCGGUCAGCUUAGAUUUUCACCUGAAUUGCAAUUGAGCUCCAAUUAUCACAAUCAUACCGGCAACAUGGAAUCCACAACACCUGUGCUGGAGCUGCUGCUGCUGGAGAGUUCAACCACUGCGGCCACUCCAAAAGCCCUCUAUGCGAACAAAAAGAAUUUGAUCAUCGGUGUCAUUGUCAUGGUUCUAGGAGUUUUUGGCAAUUCCCUGGCCCUCUUUAUUUUGGCGCGCAAAAAACUCAACAAAAACAGCAAAUACACGCUCAUGUUGCGAUGCCUGGCCACUAACAAUCUGUUGGCUCUUCUGGGGAUGCUAACCACAUCACUGCUGAAAAUGUACCUUUCGAAGGAGGUCCUUUAUUCCUUUAUUCGACUGGACUGUGUGGGACUCGUGGUGUGGCGGUUUUUCGGCCUUAGCUCCGGCUGCAUCGCGGCAGUCAUGGCAGCGGAAAGGUGGAUGGCCCUUGCAAGGCCCUUCAUUUAUCACAAGCACAUCACCUACGAGCUGAUCCGCAAAAGCAUCAAUAGCAUACUGAUUGUGGCCGUAGUCAUCACGUUCCUGCCAUUGGUUGGGUUUGGCGCGUACAUGGAUGAAUCGAAUCCGGAAAAGCUUAAGUGCAUGCGAUAUCGCGAUGCCCAGGGAGUGUGGAACAAGUCGUACGCGGUGCUCUUUAUGGUCUUCGGUACCCUCCUAUGCAUUGUGAUCGUGGCCUGCAACCUUUUCGUCGCCCACACUUUGCUCUGCGUCAUCGGAAGAACUCGAACGGCCAAGAGGCACAUGCACUAUGACCUCGUCUCGGGGGAUAAGAACAGUGCCAUUAGCAUCGAUCCGGAGAGCAGCAGCGGCACCACUCUCUACCAGACGCAGCUGAGCUCCGGAAGCGGUGGCAGCCAUCGCGGUGUCCAACCGACGAGGCAAUUCCGGCACAGCGUUAGCGUUACGAUGGCGGCCACUGAUUCCUCUCCGGUGGAGAUCAAGUUCGCCAAGUUGAUGGCCUUCCUCAGCAUCUCAUUCGUCAUCUGCUGGAUGCCACAGAUGAUUGCCAUCCCAUUGGCCAUAGCCCCAGAUCGGGUGCCCGCAACGAAUAAAUUCUUCCUCAUCGCCGACGUCUUGACGGCCUUGCACUUUACCUCGGAUCCGUAUGUCUAUGUGCUAAGUCGAUCCAAGUCCAUCAAUUGGUCCUUGUUGGGCUGCAUCAAGCGGUGGAGGAGCGGAUGGCGUCCGGGUGGACUUCGCCGAUCCCAGAGCGACCAGAGCCGUAUGCGCACUACGAUGACGGAGGCGAAUACUCUGGAGUUUAACUGACUCCGACCGAUCCUCAUAUUGCACCCAAGUACUUAGUCCCAUGUCCCGGCUCAAUGGGAUCUCACUCAACUAUCGUUUACGCCUCUUAAAAAAAAAGUCUCUAAGGAGUAGCGCCUCGUAGUUUCGUAAGCUGUAAAUAAUAUACUCUACUUUGUAUCACACCAUAUCAAGGCUUUCCUUAUAUGUAUGCUCAGCGCACAUAAUCUCAGAAUCGAUAGGCGAUUUGUGGAAUAAAAUAUACCGCUUAUGUGUGAAUGUAUAGUAU